AUGUAUGAAGAAUCAGAAGAAUACAAUCUAUAUUCAGAAGAGGAAAGAAAUGAGUUCGUGUUUCGAAUUUUUCAAAUGCUUGUUCUUGGUGGAGUGUUAUGCCAAUUUGAAGAUGUAUUACAGCCAUAUUUGAAUGUUACCAAAAGUAUCUAUAAAGAUCUCGUAAGAGUGCAAAAACAGAAUAUCACAAAUGAUUUAUUUGUGAAUACUAUAGUAUUAGAAGUAGUUGCUAAGGAUAGUAAAGGCCAAGAUUAUUUCCCAUCUAAUUCCGACAAUCGACAAAAUAUUGCAUUCUUACUGAUAGAUGACAAUUCUCGUGAAAUCAUAACUUUUAUACAUCAAUAUGGAGGAUAUUGUCCUGCAGAUUAAUCUGAAUACUUUAUAUAUAAUACAUUGAUAUAUUUCAUUAACUCUAAUCAGAAAUUU